UCAUUUUGGAGCGAAAGUUUUGACAGCAUGGGCGAGAUGAGCUCCUGUAUCAACAUGAAAACAAUCACAAUUCCUUUUCAAAUUAUGUAGAAAAAAUAAACUGUUUAAUAUUGGAACAGCCUUUUGGUCAACGAUGGAGGGUUUGGAGAUGUCAGCGAUGAUUCCUGCGCUCCAGGAACUAGCAAGUGCCAGUGCAGCGGAAUACGAGCAGGUUGUGCAGAAGCCUCGUCAAAUCCUCUGUCAGUUCAUUGACAGGAUCCUGACUGAUGUGGAUGUUGUUGCGCUGGGACUAAGUAAAAAGUCCAGUUCGGAGCCAGCCUGUGUCAUGCUGCUUCACUUUGUUCAACACAUUAUCAAAUCCUCAUCUCUCAUGUUUGCCAAUCCUGCCUGUCAACCCGCAGACUACCCUGAAGUCACUCAGAGCUGCACUGACUUCAGUAAAUGGGUGCUGGUGCGAAUGCUUCGCGUGGCUGCAUCUCCAGACUGUGAGGUCAUCCAUGACAGGAUCUGUGACGUCAUGAGUCUUUUAUUACACACUUUACGAGUCCGGGCUCCUCUGAUUUACAGCCGUCUCACCAAAGAACUAAUUUCCCUUCUGCAAAACCUCACCAACAUCAUCCAUGACCAUCUCCUAACUCUGGCUGGACAGGGGCACCUUCUGAGAGUCCAGUCUUCCUGCCAGUGGCCAGUUACUAUAAAUUGCUUAAAUAUUUAUAGUGCUUCUUCUUACCUCACGUCUUCCCCUCUUGUCCUGUCAAAUCCGUCAUCUUUGGAAUCACUCACAGUAGUCACAAUUAAAAUCAUAACAGAUUCAUUAAGAGGUGUAGUUUCACCACGUGACCUAAGUAUUGCAUGGGAAUCUGCUUGCUCUUUGUUAUCCAAUGGGACGAUCCGACUGAAGAAGCCUGCUAUGGUGAUGCUAAGAGAGCUGGUUGAGAUUGGAGAUUUUCCUGAGUUACAAAGUCAUACUUUCUUCAUGCCGUUUUUGGAUUUGUUAGAAGUGCACACGGAUCUGGUCUCAUCUGAUAUGGAAAUAGACGAGCCUUAUGAUGGAGAGCUGCUGAAAUUGACUCGGUGUGUUUUUCAGUCGCCAAGUGUUGCAGACUUUGAGCCCAUUUAUCUUUCACAGUUGUUUGAGUCUGUUUGUGCCAUUGGAGCCACAAAGGAGAAAUUAGGGACAGAAGUACAACAAACAAUCUGUUAUAUUUUUAAUUUCUUGUUGUCUGAUGCUUUGGUUUAUGAAAAUGCUGCAACUCUGAGGAGGCAAAGGGUCACUGAAGUUUGCAAGGCAUUGGCACAAACGGUUGGAAGCAGAAAUCAAGCUCAGUGUGCAGAGGGUUUCCUCAAAGCUGCCCUCAAAGCUGAGACAGCUGCUGUGAUGCAGGAAUCAAAAGAAGAGGAGCCACCUGCUAAAAGAUCAAAAUCAACCAAAUCUGUAGAGGCAAAAACUGAGAUGGACAUGCGGGUUCACAGUGAAGUUUGGGCUGCAAUCAAUGGUCGUUUGGAGGAGCUGUUAAACUUUGUGAACUCAAAAUCUCCCGGAGCUGAAAACCCAGAAAUCCUCUCUGCUGUUCAGGGCCUGGCUCUCAUCCUCCAUUUAGCUACUCUUUGUUCCUCACCUAUGAGCUCUGUAUCUCUGCUCCUCUGGCUCUCCACUGAAACUCUUGGCAGAGCUCUGAACACUUGUAAGUCAGUUUUGGAGGGAGGUGGAAAACCUGUGGAAAACAAAAGCUACCAUCAGUCUGUGCUUCAGUCCACUAUUGGUAUCCUGGACUCUAUCAUCUUUCUAACAAUGAACAGCCACAGUGAAGAUGGGCUCCAGCGCAGAGUCUGUGCCCUCUUGUCUCUGCCCUGGGUGAUCGAGCUCAAGUCUGUCUCAGCCUUCAGAACUUCAGCUUUCCCCUCCUGGGUCUCUGGAUUAGCACAAAGACUAACCUUUUGUUACACCCCUGAAGUUCAGAUUGACUGCCUUUCUCUGCUGGCCCUUCUCCGUCAGGGCGUGUGUGACCAGUGGAGGGCACUGGUGUUUUCAAACUCUCUGAAAAGUCCAGAGGAUUCAGUGAGAGCUGCAGCUGUCAGGGCUUUUCCAUUGUUACUACAUCACCUGGGAAGAACUCAUUACAGUCUCAUCAAUUCUACUCUACUUCUUCGGUUGGAGGACAGUUCAGUUCAAGUGAAGCAGGAGCUCUCCAGGAUUGUUGGUCAUUUGAGCUGUAUUCAGUCUGAAAUGUCUGAACUGAGCGACACACAUAUGGUGUCUUUCUGUCCUUCUCUCUCUUGCCAUCGACUCUGCCUCUCGACCAAACAUAAAGAAAACACCACAGCUCUUCUGAAGGCCUCUUUUGUCCUACCUUUUCUUCCUGUCCUCAAUCAACAAGCUCCAAGCAGCAUCAAACUAGCCUUUCUGGAAGCUCUCCCUCACCUGUGUCAGCAUGUGAGCCUGUCCAGUGGAGACAGCGACUCGAGGGCAAUAUCGUGCGCUCUGAUUGGUCUGAUUGAAGACUCCGACACUACGGUCAGAGCAGGUUUCGGCCAGUCAGUGCGCUUCCUGCUGACGGAGAAUGGACAAGCCUCUGAGCAGAACUCUCUUAGUGAUCUUUUAGUGGCUCGACUAAAGGAAGGUUUCAACAACGCCAAGUUAAAACGAGACGACGAUCUGCGCAACACUCUCAUCCUCACAACUGGAGAAAUUGGACGAGCAUCCCAGGGCAGUUUGGUGUCAUUCUCUCUGCUGCGUUUGCUUCACUGUCUCUUGUCUAAGUCCUCUCCUGUGUCUGUGGCGGCGUACACUCAGAUUAGAGCUCUGGCCUCUGCAAAAGGACUCAAGCUACAAACACUGUUCAGUCAAUUCAAGAACCCCAUCUGCCAGUUCCUGGUUGAGUCUCUACACUCGCGUCAUGCCUCGGCGUUACGAAGCACUCCAGAUCAAAGCAGUGAAUCGGCCAAUCAGAGAGAGCUUGCUCUGGACAUCCUUGCUCAGAUCGCCCACGCCUUUGACUUCCCCGACCUCCACCGCUUCCUCACUCGAACACUUCAGGUCCUGCUUCCUUACCUGGCAGCCAAGGCGAGUUCCACAGGCUCCGCCCUCAUUCGGACUUUAGCCAAUGAGCUGAAGGCAAACAGGAGAGAGAUCCUCAUCAAUAACUUCAAAUACAUCUUCAGUCAUUUGGUUUGUUCGUGCACCAAAGAGGAGCUAGAGAGAGCCUUUCACUAUCUACAGAGUGAAACUGAGAUUGAAUUGGGAUCUCUCCUGCGGCAAGACUUCCAAGGACUUCAUAAUGAACUUUUGCUUCGUCUGGGAGAGCAUUAUCAACAGGUCUUUAAUGGUUUGGCAAUCCUGGCAUCAUUUGCAUCUAAUGACGACCCAUAUCGAGGUCCUCGUGACAUCACAACCCCAGAGAGAAUGGCUGAUUAUUUACAACCAAAACUGUUGGGGAUUCUUGCCUUCUUCAACAUGCAGCUGCUCAGCUCCAGUGCAGGAGAGAAGGAUCGCAAAAAGAUGGCUCUAACCAGUGUGAUGGCUCUGAUGAAGCUGAUGGGCUCCAAGCACAUCAGCUCAGUCCGAGUCAAAAUGAUGACCACACUGAGGACUGGACUGCGCUACAGAGAGGACUUUCCCCUGCUCUGCUGCCAAACGUGGGACUGUUUUGUGAGAAGUGUGGAGCCCACUCACCUUGGCCCCCUCCUCAGUCAUGUCAUAGUAGCUCUCCUGCCUCUUAUACCCAUCCAACCUAAAGAAACUGCUGCUAUCAUACGGUUCCUCAUAAUCGAAAACAGAGAGGAGGUCAAUGACUACUUGCAUGAGAUUUACUUCUUACCUGAUCACCCCGAGCUCAAAGAAAUCCACACUGUUCUGCAGAACUACAAAAAGCUGACAGCGAGUCGGAGUGACCUGGCGGAGGCGCUUCAGCUCUCCAUGAGGGCUGUUCAACACGAGAAUGUCGAUGUGAGGAUCCACGCUUUGACCAGCCUCAAGGACAUGAUGCACAGCAAACAGGAGUGGCUGCUGCGUCAUGUCUGUGCUAGUGAAGCGGUGGAGCCGGUUAUCUCCAGCCUGGUGGCGGUGCUGCUGAAGGGCUGUCAGGACCCUUCCCCAGAGGCCAGGCUCCUUUGCGGGGAGUGUCUGGGAGAGCUAGGGGCUGUAGACCCUGGAAGACUAGACCUGUCCCAAAACCACAACAAUGGAGACCACAACAGCUUUGUGAGUGGAGUGGAUGACCCUAACUUUGCCUAUGGCCUUCUCACUGAACUAAUACGGACAUUUUUGGCUUAUGCUGAUAAUGUGAGAGCUCAGGACUCUGCUGCUUAUGCCAUACAGGAGCUCCUGUCUAUCUUUGAGUGUCAUGAAGGGCGCACAGACACUCCAGGGCGACGGUUAUGGAGGAGGUUUCCAGAACAAAUGCAGGAAAUACUUGAACCUCAUCUCAGCAGCAGGUACAAGAGCAGUCAGAAGGAGGUGAACUGGUCUAAACUCCAAAAGCCCAUUUACUUGAGCAACAGGGGCAGUAAAUUUUCAGACUGGGCGGCUACCUGGGCUGGAUAUCUCAUCAGCAAGGUGAGACACGAGUUGGCUGGAAAGGUGUUCAGCUGCUGUAGUUUCAUCGUUAAACAUGAUUACAAAGUCACCAUUUACCUGCUGCCUCACAUCCUGCUCUACAUGCUGCUCAACUGCACCCCUGAGGAACAACAGGAGGUGACAGAGGAGAUGCUGGCAGUGCUGAUGGAGGGAGAUGGUCAUGGAGAAGGUCUGAUUCAGGAGAAUGCCUCUAGUUUGUCUCAGCUCAGCACACAGACUGUGUUCAGCAUGUGGUCCCACCUCACACAGUGGAGCCGCCAUGUGCUCUCCUCCAAGUCCAAACAAAAUGAGAGUGGAGACUACCAGCGUGUGGUGGCAUUCCUGAAGGGAAUCCCUCAGGAUGUUUUGGCCAAAGCGUCUCUCCGGUCUAAAGCCUACACUCGUGCCGUCAUGCAUUUUGAGGCCUACAUCCUCGAAAACAAGGAGAACGUGCAAGACCACCUCACCUUUCUGCAGACUUUGUAUGCUGCGAUGCAUGAACCUGAUGGAGUGAGAGGAGUGAAUGCUUUGAGAAGAGAGGAACCUUCUUUACGAGAGCAGAUCCUGGAGCACGAGAGCAUUGGACUGCUGCGAGACGCUACGGCGUGCUAUGAUCGUGCAAUACAACUUGAAUCUGAUCAGAUUGGUCACUACCAUGGCGUGAUGACAUCCAUGCUUGGCCUUGGGCAGCUGUCAACUGUUAUUACUCAAGUUAAUGGUGUACUGGCAAAUAGACCUCAAUGGAAGUCAGACCUGAACACGUACAGAGUGGAGGCUGCUUGGAAGCUUGGAAAAUGGGAUCUACUUGAAGACUACCUAGAAUCAGAUUGUCCGUCCAGUACAUUUGGAGUGCGCCUGGGACAGUUGUUGUUGGCUGUAAAUAAACAGGACAGCAAAACAUUUUAUGAGAAACUGAAGCUGGUGAGAAAGGAGCAGGUCGUGCCUCUAUCUGCAGCGAGCUAUGAGUGUGGCACCUACCAGAGAGGAUACGAGUACAUUAUCAGGCUGCAUAUGCUCAAUGAGUUGGAGCACACCUUCACUGAUCUGCAGAAACAGAAGUCUUCUCCUAAAACCCCUCAGCUCCCUCUGCACUGGGCUGAGAGGCUGGAGAUGACCCAGAACUCAUUCAGAGCCAAAGAACCCAUCUUGGCUCUACGGCGGGCCCUGCUCAGUCUGAGAUCAGAAUCUGCCUCUAAGGAGCUGAUCGGAGAGUGUUGGUUACAAAGUGCUCGAGUGGCCAGAAAAGGAGGACAGCACCAGGCAGCGUUUAAUGCUCUUCUGAAUGCAGAGAACACUCACCUCGCUGAGCUCGUCACUGAGAAAGCAAAGUGGCUUGGCUCCAAGGGCGAUGUACAUCAAGCCUUAAUAGUUCUACAGAAAGGUGUCGAGCAGUGUUUUCCAGAGAACCAGGUCCUUACAGACCCACGCAGUUUACAGACCAAAGGGAAGGCCAUGCUGCUGGUAGGACACUUUAUGGAGGAGACCGCCAACUUUGAAUCCAAUGCCAUCAUGAAAGUUUACAAGGAUGUGACCAAUCUUCUGCCUGAAUGGGAAGAUGGCAACUUUUACCUGGCCAAAUACUAUGACAAAGUGAUGCCAAUGGUGACUGACAACAAGAUGGAGAAACAGGGCAACCUCAUCAGAUAUAUUGUAACGUACUGUGGGAAAGCAUUACAGUACGGAAACCAGUACAUUUACCAAGCAAUGCCUCGAAUGUUGUCUCUGUGGCUUGAUUUUGGAGCCAAAGUUUGUGAGUGUGAAAAAGCUGGGCGCGCAGACAGGCAGAUGCGUCAGGAGAUGUCUAAAAUAAACUCUGUGAUGAAUGAGAUCUGUGUGAACUUGGCCCCGUACCAGUUCCUCUCCGCCUUUUCUCAGCUCAUCUCCAGGGUCUGUCACUCCAGCGACGAAGUCUUCGAUGUUCUCAUGGCGAUUGUUGCUAAGGUCUUCCUCGCAUACCCUCAACAGGCCAUGUGGUUGAUGACUGCUGUGUCCAAGUCUUCAUACCCAAUGCGUAUGAAUCGCUGUAACCAGAUCCUGAAAAAGGCCGUCUGUCUCAAACAGUCCUUGGACAAGUUUAUUGGAGACGCAAACAGACUGACAGAUAAACUGCUGGAGCUUUGCAACAAACCAGUGGAUGGUAACAGCACCACCCUGAGUAUAAGCGUUCACUUUAAGCAGCUGAAGCGACUGGUGGAGGAGCCGACGUUCAGCCAGAUCCUCAUCCCUCUGCAGUCUGUGCUCAUUCCUACACUGCCCUCUACUAGCGGGGCAAACCCUAAUCAUGACCCCUUCCCUGGACACUGGGCAUACCUGAAUGGAUUUGAGGACUCAGUGGAGAUCUUGGCGUCUUUACAGAAGCCUAAGAAGAUCAGUUUGAGAGGUUCUGAUGGGAGGAGCUAUACUAUGAUGUGUAAACCCAAAGAUGACCUCAGGAAAGACUGUCGACUUAUGGAGUUCAACUGUCUCAUCAACAAGUGCCUUCGUAAAGAUGCUGAGUCCAGGCGGAGGGAGCUCCAUAUUCGGACAUAUGCUGUGAUUCCUCUCAAUGAAGAGUGUGGGAUUAUCGAGUGGGUCAGUAACACUGCUGGACUACGCCACAUCCUCACCAAACUAUACAAGGAGAGAGGGAUUUACCUGUCAGGCAAAGAGCUCAGGAAACUGAUUCUUCCCAAGACAGCUCCGUUUGAAGAGAAGCUGAGAAUCCACAAAGAGGUGCUGUGUGCCCGGCAUCUUCCAGUGUUUUAUGAGUGGUUUCUGCGCACCUUCCCAGACCCAACAUCAUGGUACAGUAGCCGCUCUGCCUACUGCCGCUCCACUGCUGUCAUGUCCAUGGUGGGAUACAUCCUUGGUCUGGGGGAUCGUCACGGUGAAAACAUCCUCUUUGACUCUUUCACUGGAGAAUGUGUACAUGUGGAUUUCAACUGCCUCUUCAACAAGGGGGAGACAUUUGACGUGCCAGAAGUGGUUCCUUUCCGUUUGACCCAAAACAUGGUUCAUGCGAUGGGACCAAUGGGGACCGAGGGGCUCUUCAGACAGGCCUGUGAGGUCACCCUGAGGCUAAUGCGGGACCAGAGAGAGCCACUCUUGAGUGUGUUGAAGACAUUCCUUCAUGACCCACUGGUUGAAUGGAGCAAAGCUAAAGGACUUUCCAAAACUCAAGCCAGUGAGACAGGAGAGAUUGUGAACGAAAAGGCCAAAACCCACGUGUGCGACAUAGAGCAGCGUCUGCAGGGAGUGAUAAAAAGCAGGAAUAAAGUCCUGGGUUUGCCUCUGUCCAUUGAAGGCCACGUGCACUACCUCAUUCAGGAAGCCACAGACGACAAACUGCUGUGUCAGAUGUACCUGGGCUGGGGACCAUAUCUCUGAGCGCACAUGUGGUGAGGAGAACAGGUGCUUUCCACUGACAUCCUGUUUACAAAUAUGGACUCAGAACUUGGCAACAGAAUUAUGUGUGAAAAUUUGAAGAAAAAGAAAUUGCACUUACGCCUGUUUGGCAAAAUGUUUGUAAUAAUUGUUUUCAUUUUAAAUGUUUUAACCUUCUGUUUUCUAGAAGCACAUGUUCACUUACAAUAAAUAUUCCACUUUAUUA